CAUGUGCAGACGAGACCAAGCGGCCCAAUCUUAAAAAGGGAGACGGAGGCACUUGCCGAUUGGCUGCCACUGUGUGGGCCAAGCGUCUUUCCUGGAGCGGCUCGUGGGGCUCCUGGGGUCGUGACCCCGGAAGUGCUGUAUUGCGGCGUCCCAGUGAGGGAGGAAAGGCGGCAAUCGGUCGGAAGCGUCGAGCGGUUCGCAGGAGGGAAAUGGCCGGGUAGGCGGCCGAGGCGCCGGAGGUUUUUGUGGAAAAUGGCCUCUCCAUUCAAUGGUCCCACAGCAGUUUCUGAUGUAAUUAAAGAUCUAGACACUCAGAUAGCUCUGAUUGGUUUGGGCCCACACAAUCCCAAGAAGAAGCAAGAUCUGGACAAGCUCUAUGAUCUGAAGGCUAAAGCUCAGCAGAUUAUGAACCAGUUUGGCCCAUCUACCUUGAUCAAUUUAUCCAACUUCUCCUCAAUCAAGCCAGAACCAGCCAGCACCCCUCCACAUAGCUCCAUGGCAAACAAUACCACUGUGGCGAAGAUGCCAGGGACCCCUAGCAGUGGCGGGCGCCUCAGUCCUGAAAGCAACCAGAUCUUAACUAAGAAGAAACUACAGGAUCUUGUCAGAGAGGUGGAUCCAAAUGAACAACUGGAUGAAGAUGUGGAGGAGAUGCUGCUGCAGAUCGCUGACGACUUCAUUGAAAGCGUUGUGACAGCUGCCUGCCAGCUUGCACGGCAUCGCAAGUCCAACACUUUGGAAGUGAAAGAUGUCCAGUUGCAUCUUGAGCGGCAGUGGAAUAUGUGGAUCCCAGGUUUUGGUUCUGAAGAAAUCAGGCCAUAUAAAAAAGCCUGCACUACAGAAGCUCACAAACAGAGGAUGGCGCUGAUCCGCAAAACAACGAAGAAAUAAUGCUUGGGAAUGGCAGGGAGAUUAAAAUGGCUCUUCUGGGCGGGAAAUCCAUCUCAAGCUGUGGAGUACCCAUGACGUCAUCCGUGGGAUUCUUUUUUAAGGCUUUGCAGAGAAGCGUACCUUUUAACUGUGCGGCAAUAUCUGACUUUGAGGGGAGACCUGCCAAAAGUCGUUAGGCCCUGCCUCCUCCCCUCCCCACCCCUACCCCACAACAUAUUUCCCCAAGAGAACACAAUGUAUCUUGAAACACACAGACUUUAUUUUCUGCCUUCAGAGUGAUUUAUGGUGUAAGUGGUUGUCCAACGGACAGAAUAUUUUGGUAUUUUGGGGAACAGUAUUAGAAACAGCUAUAGAGGAUUUGUUUUCUUUUUUUCAUUUCCCUCUUACUCUUUGUAAUGUUGCUGUUUAUAGAUAUUUUGAUUUGUUUUAUGAGCAAAGACAUUAUGACUCUGAAACUAGGUCGCAGUAUUGGCACGGGUUGCGAAAAAAACAAAGGGCAUCAGGGCAAGAGCCAGAGAGAGGGCUGUUCAUUAUAGGUUGUUCGAAGCAAACAUCUCUUUUUCCUCUUCUAAAUUCCAAUAUGGUCCACCUUGCAAGUCCCUUUAACUCUUAAGGAUGCAAUGGACACCCACUGCAUAGCAAAAUAUCUGUGAAGUUCUGUGCGGAUGGUGGUUCUGUUGGAAAGCGUUGGUACAGUUCCCAACACAGAGAGAUUAUUAUUAUUAUUAUUAUUAAACUGGCAGCAUCUGUCUUGUGAAGAGAACAGUCCUCAGUAUCCAGAGCCCAGAUAUCAAUCUGUGCUCAUACAACAAUUGGCUUGCCUCCUAUCUCUUCUGUUACUGGGAGAAAAAUAUAAUUGAGAAUACUUGCCAGAAUACUUUGCUUUCAGUGAGUGUUCCAAUACCAAAAGCACAACUCCGGCUGAAAAUCAAAAUUGGUGCAAAACUGUUGCCUCAGACUUGUGUUUUGUUUUGGUUUGUUGGUUUGUUGCUUCUGAAGCUCCUCACUUGCUGAAAAACUGCCCUCCUUCCUCACUUCCUCUUUGAUAGGUUGAGCUGUAGCAACAGAAGCGUUGCACUGCCUGUGUUCUGAAGUAAUGAACAAGCCACCACUGACCACACAAGCUACACUUUUUGUGUUCUCUCUGUGUGUGCAUAACAGGUUUUCAUUAAGCCAUCCAGCAGUGGCUAUAGACGCUUUCCCUUUUUAUGCAGGUUCUCCACUCAUUUAGACUACGGUAAUAAACAAGUAUGUUAAUGUUCCCUGUUUUUCAAGAUUUUUCAUGCACUUUGCCCCAGGUAGCAUACAAUUUAGUGCUUUCCGUUAAAAGGGAAAAAAAUGGCAUCAGUUAAUAAAACCACAAUGCUUGCCUUUGUAGCAUGAGCCAUUAGGAAUCUUCCAGCAUGUUAUUUGUUCUUUUAAACCCUUGUUCAAAAAGACUAAAUCUCCAUUUGUGAAAACAAUCCAUCCUUUUGUUUCGCCAUGGGAUUAGCAGUCCAAACGGAAUCCAACUGAGGCAUAUGCCUAAACAAUCCAAAAUGAAUUCUGAAAUUGCACCAAGGAGGCAGAGGGGGGUGGGGAGUGGGAAGAAUCUUUGCUGGAAAAUUGGCGGCAGUUAUUUUAUGUAUUGCAUCACUUGAAAGCAUCUUCGCCAUUAAACAACCAAUGACAAGGGCAUGUUUAUUUUAUUGUCAUCCCCAUCUGGCACAACGGGCCUCGGAAGUCAAAAGGCAUUGCAGUAUUGCCUCAGUAAACUUUUCCUCUUCAAGAAAUCAGUACAUCCUGACCCUCCCCACUAGCCACCUAAACCUCUAAGCACUUGGCCCAAUAGCUGCUGCUGUUUUCCUUAUCCCGAAUGUUUCACAUGCUGCUAUUUUUCUGCACGGAUGAACUGUUUUUUCUAUAAACUAAAAAAUUCCUUCCAGUAGCACCUUAGAGACCAACUAAGUUUGUCAUUGGUAUGAGCUUUUGUGUGCAUGCACACGGAAAUAUCUGAAGAAGUGUGCAUGCACAUGAAAGCUCAUACCAAUGACAAACUUAGUUGGUCUCUGGUGCUACUGGAAGGAAUUUUUUUAUUUUGUUUCGACUACAUCAGACCAACACCUGUUUUUUCUAUAGUUUUUGAUGAAGCUAGCACAUGGGCUUUUCACCAUAAGCUGCAGAAUCAUUGUUUCCCAUUGCAUAUGCAUGUAUUGGAUAUUACAGCUUGGGUUGUAUUCAAAGUAGCGCCGUUGAAAUUAAUGGACCUCGUCAUGCCCUUUAACUUCAGUGGGUGUACUCAAGUAAAAGUUAACUGAAUGCAACCCCUUAUAACUGCCAUGUGCAAUGGGGUAUAGAGAAAUUAACAUGUGUUGCCGUAAGCUUGCACUGGCAAAGUAUUGUGAACUAGCCCAAAUCCAUUUAUAGAAGGUCAACAGAACUCAAACCAACUGUAUCACUGUCCAAAAAAAUAAAUUUGAGGCCCUGCUUCAUGUAAUACCUUCAAUUGGGUAGUAUAUCAGAAAUAGGCUACAUGUAAUUCAAGUGUGUGGUCUUGAUUUUCUCCUAUAAGAUGCUUUUUCGCAACCCAACAGUAAAGGAGGCCGCCUGCUUCAAGCGUAUGUCCGCUAAGUGUGUAAACUGCAAACCAUCCAGAAGAAUGCAGUUUGGACAUGCCAUCUGUGAAUAGGUGGGUUUCCCAGUAUCACAUAUGCAGAAAGGUAGAUUUUCCCUCCCCCCACAUGAAAUAAAUGCACCUGCAAACUCAAGUCCUCACUGUGGCUUCUGCUGAUGCUCUUUCAAGUAAAGAUGGCGAGAUGAUAAAUGCAGCUCUCUGGAUGAGACUGUGUGUACCGAAUACAAUAAAUGGCAUUGGCAAAAUGAAAA